CGCGCCACCGCCGCCAUGGUUCACGUCAGUUUCUACCGCAACUAUGGGAAGACGUUUAAGAAGCCGAGGCGUCGAGAAGGAACGUCUGAUGCCGAGUUGAGGCUUGUAGGAGAGUAUGGUCUCCGAUGUAAGAGGGAGUUGUGGAGGGUUCAGUAUGCCUUGAGCCGUAUCAGAAAUGCCGCUAGGGACCUUCUCACUCUCGAUGAGAAGAACCCUCGUCGUAUCUUCGAAGGUGAGGCACUUCUGCGUAGGAUGAACAGGUAUGGGCUUUUGGAUGAGAGCCAGAACAAGCUCGAUUAUGUCUUGGCUUUGACUGUCGAGAACUUCCUUGAACGCCGCCUGCAGACCCUCGUGUUCAAGUCUGGUAUGGCCAAGUCGAUUCACCAUGCUCGUGUGUUGAUCAGGCAAAGGCAUAUCAGGGUUGGGAGGCAGGUGGUAAACAUCCCAUCCUUCAUGGUGAGGGUUGACUCCCAGAAACAUAUUGACUUCUCUCUGACAAGUCCGUUGGAGGUGGCCGGCCCGGAAGAGUGAAGAGGAAGAACCAGAGGGCAGCUGCCAAGAAGGCUGCUGGUGGAGACGGUGACGAGGAGGAAGACGAGUAAACCAUGAGCUUCUGCCCCAC